AUGAUCUCUAAGAAUGAUUUAAACUACGGUCGAAAAUGCAUGCAAGAUCUAGAUAGAUUUAACGAGUCGAUGGGAUGGACAAUCAAAAAUCGAGAUGGGAUUGACACUGAGCAUCAUGUGUCUCAACCUUGUCAAGAUUUCUCUCGUUCAGCAUUUGGCAACAUUGCCAAAAUCCCUGACGAUUUUGUCGCCCCAACGAACUCUUCUUCGAUGACAAGAGGACAAAAAUCUCUUUUCCCUAGCAAUAGAAAGCGAACUGGUAAAUUUAUAGCAGAUUCGAAUACAGAAGCUCAGCGAAUAGUUGAGUCUGAAAGAAUUCAGCAGCCUCCGAUUUCCAGCAAGAAGACGCGACUCAGGAAAAUUAAAUUAAAAUCGGAACCAGUAGAUUUUGUCUAUGACAUAAAUGUGAGGCGCAAACUUCGAGAACAACUCGACGCUGAUCGUCGGGAAGUUUUGCACAAAGCCAACGCUCGAGAAGCUAUGCUGCGGUCGAAAAAAAUGUGGAUCUUUGACAAGCCUUACAAAUCAUCAGCAAUGAAAAGUAGGCGCGACAACUAG